GGUCACGCCCGUCAGCGGUGGCCGGAGUCUGCGGGGAUGGCGGGCGGGUGGCGGCGGGCAGGCUGCGCUGCGGCGCUGGGGCUGAGCGCGGCCGUGCUGGCGCUGGCGGCCGCCGUCCUGCUCCGCGCCUACGUCCUGCGCUCCCCGGCGAUCCCCCGGCUGUGGGCUCGGCGAGGCGGCCCCGCCGCCUUCAGCGCCGGCGAGAGGCUGGAGCUCAAGGAGGCGCUGCGAGGUGCUAUUAAAAUCCCAACUGUUUCCGUAUCUCCAGAGGACCUGAAUACAACGGCCAUGGCAGAAUUUGGAAAUUACAUUCAGGAAGUCUUCCCGGCUGUAUUUUCUUCAAAGUUCAUUCAACAUGAAAUUGUUGGGAAAUACAGCCACCUGUUUACUGUUCAGGGUUCUGACCCUGGCUUGCUGCCCUAUAUGCUGCUCGCACACAUGGAUGUUGUGCCUGCUCCCCCGGAGGGCUGGGAUUUCCCUCCUUUCUCAGCUGCAGAGCACGAAGGUUUCAUCUAUGGACGAGGAACGCUGGAUAACAAAAACUCUGCCAUAGGUAUUCUACAAGCACUAGAAUUUUUGCUGAGAAGAAACUACAGACCACGCAGAUCUUUUUAUGUUGGCAUUGGACAUGAUGAAGAGGUGUUUGGGCGGAAGGGAGCGAUGACCAUGGCAGCUCUGCUGGAAGCCCGAGGAGUGAAACUCUCCUUCUUGCUGGACGAGGGGAGCGCGAUCCUGCACGGCGUUGUCGCGGGAGUGGAGAAGCCGGUAGCUGUCAUCGCUAUCACAGAAAAGGGUUCGAUAACACUGAAUUUCACUGUGGAAAAAGAGCCAGGACAUUCAUCCUUUCCGCCAAGGGAAUCAAGUAUUGGCAUUCUCGCAGCAGCGAUGGCCAGGCUGGAGCAGAAUCCCUUGCCCAGUCUGUUUGGUCACGGGCCAGAACUCUUGACUAUGGAGCACCUUGCAUCAGAGUUCAGGUUUCCUCUCAAUCUCAUCAUGAGCAAUCUCUGGCUGUUUUCACCUAUUGUCAGCAGAGUUCUUGCCUGGAAACCUCCCACCAAUGCUUUGAUCCGAACUACUACAGCGGUCACAAUGUUUAACGCUGGAAUCAAGCUAAACGUCAUCCCGUCUUCUGCGAAAGCAACUGUGAAUUUCCGGAUCCACUCCGCAGAGACGGCUGCUGAGGUGCUCGAGGCGGUUAGAAACACGGUUGCUGACGACAGGGUGAAGAUUGACAUAGUAGAGGCCUUUGACCCGCUCCCUGUCAGCCCUUGGGAUGACCAGACAUUUGGAGUCCAUAUUUUCCAAAGAACCAUUCUGGAUAUUUUCCCAAACGUUGACAGUGUGGUCCCAGGCACGUGUAUUGGAAACACAGACAGCAGGCACUUCACUAACGUCACGAAGGCCAUUUAUCGAUUUAACCCGCUGCUCUUGAAAUCAGAUGAUCUUCCCAGGAUCCAUGGGUUGAAUGAGAGAAUCUCGGUUGAGAGUUACGAGAAACAGGUCGAGUUCCUGUUCCAGCUGAUCCAGAACUGUGAUAUCCAGAGGCUGCCGGAGCCUCACGCGAACUCCCACGAGCUGUGAGAAACGCACCUGCGAGGAGCAGCCGCUGGGGUGGACUCUGGGCUGCCAGGGUCUGUGCCGUAAGGUGCAGUUGUGUUUCCUAUUGAGCCAUGGCUGGAAUUUGGUUUUUUACACGUUGUACUUCACAUACAGAUGGAAAAACGGCUGGUUGCUGCUUCAGGCACAUGUACAGUUUGCCGGGAAGUGAGAAGAACCUGGACAAAACACAACAAAUAACCCUGAUUUCUAUUCCUCCCCGGUCUGACAUGCAGCCAUUAAUCUGAUGGUAUUAAUUUUUUCAGCUCUUUAAAUCUCUGAAAUUGGGAGUCACUUAAAAAUCUAAGCUAGAAUCAGCACUCACUCACCUGUCAGUAGAAGAGGCGAAUUUUCUGUGCGUGCUUUUCACAAACUGACUUUAAUAAUUGAUUUUUCACAAGCGAUGUGUCUGUCAAAAGCUCGGGUGAGAGGUUUGCGACGUGGCGUAGGUUUCAUGUCACCAGGAGAGUGACGCUAAGAGUUUGUGGCACUGCUGCUCAGCAGCGGCUUCUUCCCCAAGCGACGCUCUCAACCAGCGUCAGUGUUCACUUGGUACCGCUAAGUUCUCCCAUGCGCACACUGAUUUCUGACUCUAUUUUAAAUACUGAGCUCCAAAAGUUACAUUAACGGGUGUUACCCUCAUCUUGAAGGUGCUGGAAACUUUUCUUCUUGUCUUUUCAGUGACUUUUUUCCCCCUCUCUCUCACUCUCUUGUAUGGCCCAUACAUCUGGGUGUCAGAAUGAGGAAUUGCACUUUUAAAUAAGAAGGUAAAUCAGUGUUGUCUGCACAGAUACAUUCUCUUCUCGCUGGGUCAGGCUCUGUAGUGUAUGUUUGUUCUGUUCCUCUGAGAACUUGAUGCUGAAGGAACUCGUGUUGCUGAGAUGUGUCUGUUUUGCAGAGCGGGAAUUACGCACUGGAAUGGGCGGUUGUUCUGCUCUAAAUUCAUAUUGUAAAAUGUACUGGAAGGUACAGGAAAAAUGCGGAAAAACAGUGAUGGAACUGUGAUUCCUGUUCUUUCCAUUCACCAUUCUCUAUUUAUUUGCAGUCUGAUCUUAUCACUAUGGCAAAUGGGCUAAAAUUGUAUCAAUCUACUAAACAAUUGAAACCAGAUCAGCAUUUUCAUCUAAUAAAACAAGGAAUGCAGAUUCUUC